ACCUUUUGCCUCUUGUCCUUUUUCUCUGUCUUCUGUUCUACGUCUUCUUCUUCCUCACAUCCUGUUGGCUUCCCUCUUCUCUUACAAUUUCCCUGUCUCGCUCGCAUCUCUCACCAUACUGAUCCUUCCCUUUAUACAGUCGAAGCUUCUCCGGCGGAGCUUGCUUCGAGGCCUACAAACACAGCUCAUUCACUCAAACCCACUCUUCAUAGCAAGAAACUCUUGUCUUCGAGUCAUCCCAAUGUCUGCCCGUGUCACUCGAUCAGCGUCUUCUCGGCAGACGCCGAAGGCCAUCAAAUCUGAGCAGCUCUCCAGCUCACCCGCCACCCCAGCAACGGGAAAGGGCAGCCGCAAGAGGACGCGGGAACCUACCAAGAAAGAGGAAGAUAUCAAUGACCUGCCACACAACCUUGGCCGUAUUCCAUCGGCCAGUGUAGAAUCACCUGAGACUGAGCAGCCAGCUUCCAAGAAGGCGAGGGCCCGCGCUCCAAAGAAAGCGUCCAAGCCUGAUCUUGAAAAGGCCCUUAAAGAUGCUGCUCCAAUGGUUGCCAAGGUAGCUGCCACAGACGAGGAAGGUGCAAAGUCAGCCAAGAAGAAGAAAAACCUCGACUACGGAUUGACCCCAGGCUCGACUCCGUACCCGGAAUGGCCUCAUCCCACCCCUGAGGAGUGUCAAGAAGUCGUCCGAUUGUUGUCGAGCAUCCAUGGUGAGGUCCAGGUUCCAAAAUCCGUCCCACCGCCCUCUCUCGAUGUGUCUGGAUGCGGUGAGGUACCCUCAGUCCUGGACGCUCUGAUCCGGACAAGACUCAGCGCAGCCACGACCGGCGCCAACUCCUCAAGGGCAUUCCGCGGUCUCGUCGACCGUUUCGGAAUCAUAGAAGAAGGCAUCGGUAAAGGCAGUGUCAACUGGGACUCCGUCCGCCGCGCCGACACGAAGGAAAUCUUUCAAGCGAUUAAGAGCGGCGGCCUCGCCGACGUUAAGAGUAAGGACAUCAAAUCCAUCCUGCAGAUGGUGCACCGCGAGAACCAAGACCGGCACGAAACCCUCACCAAAGAAUCCGCCGCCGCGCCCGCCGGCGCAGAAAACGAAUCUGCAGCAGAGAAGGAGGCGGAAAUCGCGCGGGCCGAGUCGAACGUCCUCUCCCUCGACCACCUGCACGCAGUGCCCUCCGAAGACGCCUUCAACCACCUAAUCAAGUACCCCGGAAUCGGCCCCAAGACGGCGUCCUGCGUGCUGCUCUUCUGCCUGCAGCGGCCCAGCUUCGCCGUCGACACGCACGUGUUCCGACUAUGCAAGUACCUGCAGUGGGUGCCGCCGGACAAGGCGACGCGCAACUCGACGUACGCGCACUGCGAGGUGCGCAUCCCGGACGAGCUGAAGUACCCGCUGCACGCGCUGCUGAUCCGGCAUGGCAAGAGCUGUCCGCGGUGCAGGGCUGCGACGGGGCUGGGCAGUGAGGGCUGGGCGAGGGGGUGUGUUAUUGAGCAUUUGGUUACGAGGGGGGGUGUGCGGAAGGGGGGUGUGGCUGAGGGGAAGGGGAAGGUGAAGGCGAAGGCGAGGAAGAGGGGGAAGAUAUCGGAUGAGGAGACGGGGGAGGAGGAUGGCAGUGAUAGCGAGUUGAGCAAUUUGGUGAGUGACGAGGGAGAGGAGGAAUGAGGGAUGUGCGGUGAUGAUGGCAUGAGAUAUGAUGCAUGGGUUUUGUUUGCUGCGCUUAUUGCUGCUGGACACUUACGGACGAUGGGGCAUCUGAUAUUGGCAUUGGCAUUGGCAUCUAGCGGUCCAGUCCAGUUCAGUUCGACGGACAAACAAUGGCGGUUUAUUUUCUAUUCUAUUCCACAUACACAUAGCCCACCAACACCACACCACACCACAGCAUCACCCAUCUCCAGCAGCAGCGCCACACAGCAUAGAUAUACGCGUGCAUUUAUCGGGUACAUACAUACAUACAUGCCUAUAGCUUUCUCGGCGGUCUGGUACGAACGGGUUUGUUAGGAGGUAUAUAUAUAAUAAAAAUAAAGC